GACAUGACCAUCACCUAGAUACACAAUCCAUGUACUCACACGAGAAGCCAUGGCAGCCAAGCUUCUUUGUAAACGGAGAAAGAACAGUUUGACAAAGUGCUAUGGUGCUAGGCCACCAAUGGAAUCGGACUUGUUGCUGAAGUUUCCAUGGCGACCCAACAACACAAGUACAGAGGAAGGCAAACCGGGGGAGUAUAUUCUCCGGAGCCUCUUGGAAUUCUGUCGUUUGUCAGAGAAGAAGAUUGAACAGGUUCUUGCGGAACCACUGGAACGUCCUCUGUCCAACUCACUACGGAGGGGGGAGGAUGCCUUGUUUGACCAGAUCCUCGGUGCUCUGGGCUGCGUUGCUGAACAGAGUCUGCCAUCCAUCUUGCGGACUCUGUUUGGCUGGUACGACCGUCAGACUCGCGGCGAUGAAGCCAUGCAGCAGGACUCGAGACAGCGACACAGGAGCAAGGGGAGUAAGGACUUCCUGUGUGAAAGGAGAGAUGAGCAGAUGUCGCCAGUCAAGUCCCUGAUUGAUACGGGCGCGCUAGCGGGUUCCUUUUUCUGGUCUCUGCUCUGGCGCCUCCUCGGCGCCUCUCAGGAGUCUGAGAUUAUGGCGGCCGAGGAUUCUGCCGAGGUCGAUAUGGAGGAGGAGGAAGGGACGGUGGAAUCGGAGGCGGGAGUGCCGCACUUUGCCCUCGCCCCCGCGCAGGUUCGGGAGAAAAUCGCCAAGUCCUGCCGCAGGGACAGCUGGUGGCCCACAGCGCUGGCGGUGCCGACCAUCGGAGUCGGUGCUCGCCUCGCAGUUAACGGACGACACUCGCAUCUGGCUCGACAGCAUUCGUGCUGUGCCAGCCAGAUGAUGGGAGCCGCCAUGGGCUUGCGCCGCCUGUGGCUGUCUGUGGCGCUGCAUUCGCCGCCACACAGCAAGCUCUACUGUCAUUGCCCUAUACCAUGGGAUCUUCCCUGUUCCCUGGGGCCUUGCAGGUGGUACGGGAGGCCGCUGGAGGCUGUCUCUACCUUUAAGGACUCAAAGCCUUUGUUGAGCAGCCCUCCGCCUCGCCAUCGCCCUCCCCGCUAUGCCCGCUUACCCUUCUGCCUCGGGCGAAGGAUGUUAAGUGGGCUGCCCCUUGCAGUCCAAGCGAGCAGGCGACGAGAGGGCUACGAGAUUAUGCUCAUAACGCCAGAGUGGUUAAUCCUCACUUGCGAUGGUGGACGGACGCCGGAAUUUGUCCAGGGGAUCCCCUCGACACCCCGACACCUUCCCUUCAGUUCAGACGGACGACGCCCUCACAGGUUGGGGGUCCUGGGCGAAGCACUCAGCCUCCGCCUCUGGUCGGAGCGGGAGGUCAGCCUACACAUCAAUGUGUUAGAACUGAGAGCAGUCCGCAGGGUGUUCGAAAGUGCUUCAGGGUGUUGCCUGCAGACCAACCCUAAUGCUGCCAAUGUGAACACUAUAGCAGACCUCUAUUCUGAGGUGGUGGGAGUGCUGGCACAGUCCAGGUUCCAGGCCGUGAGGAAGACAUUCCUGAGUGAGUUGAAGGAGCUUAAGCUGAGAGACCAAACUCCCUACACAGCCCAGAGCAUCAUCAGCCUCCUGAUGGGACUCAAGUUCUUCAGGGUUAAGAUGCACCCGAUAGAGGAUUUCGAGGCGUGUGUGUCAUUUCUGCAAGAGCUGGGCCACUACUUUGUGGAGGUGAAGGACCGAGACAUCAGACACGCCCUGGCUGGACUGUUCGUGGAGAUCCUUCUGCCUGUAGCAGCUACUGCCAAGAACGAGGUGAAUGUCCCAGUGCUGAAGAACUUUGUAGAGUUGUUGUACACUCUGUCUAUUGACAUGACAACCAAGAGGAAACACACACUGCACCUGUUCCCACUGGUGACCUGCCUGCUGUGUGUCAGCCACAAGCAGUUCUUCCUCAACAACUGGCCAUACUUCCUUACCAUGUGUCUGUCUCAGCUGAAGAACAAGGACACCAAGAUGUCACGAGUUGCGCUUGAGUCCCUCUACAGACUGCUCUGGGUGUACAUGGUGAGGAUCAAGUGUGAGAGCAACACGGCCACACAGAGCAGAUUACAAAGCAUCGUCAACAGUCUGUUCCCCAAGGGAUCCAAGAUGGUCACCCCCAAAGAGACACCACUCAAUAUCUUUGUCAAGAUCAUCCAGUUUAUUGCCAAAGAGAGGCUUGACUUUGCCAUGCGAGACAUCAUCUUCGAUCUGCUCUGUGUCGGGAGGAACUUCAAGUUUCUGACUCCAGAGAGAAUGAGUAUCGGUUUGCGAGCCUUCCUGGUGAUUGCUGACAGUCUUCAGCAGAAAGAUGGCGACCCACCAAUGCCACAGUCGACAGGGGCCCUCCCAUCUGGAAGCACAGUGAGGGUCAAGCGACAGUUCCUGAACAAGAUGUUGUCAGACACCACAGCCAAGUCGAUCGGCCUAAACCAGUUCUACCCACACAUUAGCAAGACCUUUGAUGCCAUGUUGAGAGCUCUUGACCUCCAAGUGGGUCGACCUCUCCUGCUGACCAAGGCAGAGAACGCCAACAAGGAAGCGGAUGAGAUGAUUGUGGGUGAUCGUAAAGCCAAAGAUUGAUCUGUUUCGACCUGCAUUGCUGCGAUUCCUCGGUUGAUCCCUGAUGGGAUGAGUAGCCAGGAAAUAGUGGAGGUGCUCAAGGGGUAGGUGCUCACCAGACUCACUCACCAUGUAGAUGAGGAGCUCAAGGGGUUGGCCUUCCAGGGUCUACAGAAUCUCAUGCAGGAGUCCCCUGCUUGGAAGGAACAUGUUAUACAUGGUUUUGUGCAGUUUGUGCACAAGGACAUCUCAGACACCAACACCCAUCUGGUUGAUGGUGUGCUGCGGAUGUUGAUGCAAUUGCUGGUGCAGUGGAAGUCCAACCAUCAGUCCGGCAAAGACGUGCAUGCACAGAAGGUGACGACUAAUGUCGGGAUGGGCAGUGAGCAGGACAAACCACUUGGGGAGCAGCAGACCUCCAACCACCUGGCCAGUCAGGUGAUGAGUCUCGGGGUGCUGCAUGAGGUGGAGGGACUCGCCCUCGUCAUGAUGUGCAGCUGCAGGGUCGUCACACGCAAACUCGCCGUCCAUCUCCUCAAGGAGGUCCGCAACAUCUUCAACUCAUACCGUGUCUCUCAGAUGUGCACACCGUGUCUGAUAGAUGUCAUAGACAAAGCCUGUCCCGCUAUCCUGGAGAAGCUGCAAGUCUUCCUGCCAGCCCAGGAGAAGCCCGUGGUGCUGUCCCUCUCUAACCUGAGGUCACCGGACUACGCUCUGACCAACUGUCCCCACGCUCUGGCUCAUGCCUGGCCCAGACGCUUCGUGUACAACAAGCUCAACUCCCUCUUCCCUCUUGUCGAUCCAAAUACUCAGACUAAUGAGAACCGAGCAUCGUCCAUCCUGCGGUCAGGGAGCAAGAAGGUGACCACUGAGCGAGACGUACACAUGCAGCUGUGGCAGAACUAUGUUGUCCUGGCCUGUAGCAUAGCCCAGCAAGGGACAGUCAUACCCCACCGCUGUUCAUCUCCAGAGCUAGGGAGCUCGUCCCCAGAGAGUGCAACAGGGUCCGACAAGGGGGAGUCCCGCCAGAACAGUGGCAACAGCACCGCCACCAACCUGUUCCGUCUCCUGGUGCCACUGAUGAAGUGUGAGAACUCCGACAUGAGGGACACCGUGGUCAAUGGACUGGGAUACUGUAACCCUGUCGUCUUCAAGGAACUGGCUGAAGAGUUACUACCCUUCCUGAAAGAGGCCAUUGACAAGAAGCAGGACAACCUGCGUCGUCGCCGCAAGAGAGACGUUCUGCGAGUCCAGCUGGCACAUAUAUUUGAGCUGAUGGCAGAAAACAAAACCUUUGCACAGAGUGAGUCCGGCAUCAUCGACAAGGACCGUGGGUGUUUGAGUGGGAUGUUUGUGGACUACAUCGAUGGAGCUCGGCAGUACCUGGAAGGGGAGAAUGACCGAGACCUGCCCAUCUUGCAGGAAAUCCGUCUUCAUUUCAGUGGCUUCAUACAGAAUCUGAUCUGCAACACUCCACUGGAGUUGAGGAAGACCCUGUUGUCGCGGGACCUGAGGUACGGGCUGUUCCAUCUGUUUGCCAGUUGGAGUGGUCACUUCAGUCACACCUUUGGAGCCCUGGAUAGGAGACUCUCAAAGGAGGAGGCUUGGAAUGAGCAGGAGCUGUCGGCCGUCCGCGCCAUGUCGGCUGUGUUGUGCUGUGGACCUGUGUUUGACCUGACUGGCCUCGGAGACGACGGAUACAUCUAUUCCUGGCUGGAUACCCUGCUCAGCUCCCAUGAUGAGAAGAUGAAGCCGAAGAUCUACUACCUGGCAAAGGAGACUGUGUACCUCCUUCUGGACUUCAACCCUGAUGUCCAGGGCCUGCUGGACUGGGUCAUCGACAGGUGCUACACCGGCUCCAAUGAAGUGGCCGAUGGCUGCUUCAAUGCUCUUGCUGCAGUCUUCCAAACCAGACGAGAGUACCCCUGUGACCAUGUGGCCAUGUUGAACCUGGCUGUGUUGAAUGUGGGCAACCCCCGCAUCCAGACUCAUGAUACAGCUCUACAGCUGCUCCACUUGCUGGACACCCGCUUCUUCCAGGAGGAGCCAGUGUUCACUGACAGUUCCGAGGAGAUCCACCAACCACAGCUCCCUCUCAAUGACAUCCUCCUGGCUGUGUCUUACUGCCACUCUCAGAUGUACUUGUCGGAACAGCUUGCCAGAAUACACCUGGAUCUCACCAUGCCCAUGUUCUCAGAAAUCACUCACAGGUUUCAAACAGCCAAGCCCUCCGUGCGACAGACUUUACUGAAGUAUUUGUUGCCAUGGUUACACAACAUGGAACUGGUUGAUCCGGCAGUGCCCCCUGCCAACCCCAUCUCUAACUUCCUGAACAGACUCCAGGACAGCCAGAUCUUCUGUCCACUGAAAGGGGAAGGAUGGGGGUCCACCCAGUCUACGGAGAUGGUCCUCAACAACCUCUUCUUCAUCACAGUCAAGUUUGGUGAUGAGCAUCCAGUGGAGAUCGAGGCCCUCUGGGCGGCUCUCAUGGUGUGCUGGCAGAACAACUUGAAGGUCGUCAUCCGCUACCUCGUCGUCAUCACUAAUGUUGCACCCACACAUCUACUCUCAUUUGUCAAGAGAGUGGUCAGCUACUUGGGUAGAGCAAAGCCCUAGAAGCUGGUGGACGAGCUGAUGAAUGAGCUGCAAACAGUGGAGACACUCAACAUGAACAUUGAGAGGACCCAGACCCCUCCUUACUAUCGCCUCUCUGCUCAGCGUAAAGUAGGUGGCACCCCAAACACGACCGAUGACGAGAAGCUGGUGUGUCAGACGACAGACUGUCAACUGGAGAAGGGUGUUCUCCACACCAAGAGACACAGCACCAAUGAGGAUCUGCCUAGUGAAGCGACUCCAAGAACCAACUCCUCCGCUUCACUGAAGAGUGCUGCAAGUACUGCCUCCACAGCAGACACUCUGCCCCAGGAGGAGGAAGGCCUGGGCCACACACCCACAAGGUCCAGGGAGCGGUCCCACAGUGAGUCCCCUGACCCCUACCCUCUACCCAUGCCAGCAUAUGGAGGAUACUUUGCUCAACUUAAUGAAUUCCUGCCUGAAGACAUCCAGCCCACCCCAGGCUUUCACAGGAGCAACCUUGCUGUCAUGUUCCUGUCUGACCUGGUCCUGGAUGGCCUGGAGAUCGACUGGUCCCCUCAUCUUCCUCUCAUGCUGCACAUCAUCUUCCUAGGCCUGGACCACUCAAGGGCACUGGUGUAUGAACACUGCAAGAAACUGCUGCAGAAUCUGUUGUUGCUGGCGUCGUCACAAGACCACCACGACACCUCCAGGGUGCUGCUGGGGUAUCGCAGUAGCCAGGCAGAUGCUGUCAAGGUCAACUCCGAGGAUAGAGACUUGCCCCUCACAUCAGAAACACCCACCCACAUAUCAAACAACACCUUGCUGUCCAUCGGCAAGUCCACCUUCAGCAUCGACAGCAGUGCCACCAUCACCCCUGACACCAUGAGCAACCUCACCGACCCAGACUCACUGAGCUCAGUGGAGGAGGUUAUCAAGGCGAUACUGAACUUCAUGGAGGCCAGGAAGUGCAAGUCCCUGUGGAGUUGUGAAGACAUCACACCCAAGACACUCAACACCCAGAGCUCUUCCCUUCUGGAAUACUUCCUCAAGUGUGUUGUCAAGUCCUUCAAGGAGUUAUCUCCCUUGGCCUUGGUUGAACAGCGGUGGUCACAGACAGCUCUUCAGCUUGCCCUCUCCUGCUCUUCCCGACAUUAUGCAGGCCGCUCAUUCCAGAUACUUCGAGCUCUUAGAAUCCGUCCAUCUACGCAGAUGUUGUCUGAUAUUCUGUCUCGACUUGUAGAGACUGUGGCAGAGCAAGGAGAUGACAUGCAGGGCUAUGUGACAGAAAUAAUGCUGACUCUUGAAGCGGCCAUUGAUAACCUUGACCUUGAAUUCCGACCAAUCGACUUCAUGAAAGAGCUGUUCAUGUCAACACCCAAUCUUGCCAAAGACUCGGAUGGUCGCCGUGGAGCUAUGACGGCCCCCAAACAGUCACUGCCCCACCACGCCCGCAGCACCAGCUACUCCGUGUCCGUCAUCAUACAGAGGGCUCACGCUGCCAAUGACACACGUAACAGAGCAAGCACUGAACUUGACCAUCGUCGGACAAAUCUGGGCCGAUCUCGCAGUGCUCAGUCUCUGAAGAACCUAGACCAGAAUGGAACAGAGGAUAAACAGACCCUGGUGACACAGAUGUUCUGGAUCGCAGUAUCACUGCUGGAGUCGGACUACGAGUAUGAGUUCCUCCUGGCAGUGCGACUCCUCGACAAGAUCCUGUGUCACCUGCAGCCCGAGAACCCGGAGUGGAAGGAGAAGCUGGACAAGAUGCAGCAACAGAUCAAGUGGCCCAACUUCCCCGGGCUGCAGACUCUCCUGUUGAAGGGCUGCACAUCUCCAGUAACUGCAGAAGCCACCUGGUCCCUGCUGUCCAAGAUCAUCCUGUGUAUCAAGGCACCUGUCAUUGAUCCCUCUGGCAAAUGGGGGUUCCCUAUGAACAUUAUCGGCAUGCUGCCAUACCUGGUUGCCAACUAUAAAAACCCCAACCAGACCUGUCGUGAAGCAUCCGACCAUAUCGCACAGAUGUGCACCCAGCAGACCGACCGACUGUCCAACCUGGCCACUGUGAUGUCCCUGUACAGCCGAGGCACCUUUGGCAAGGACAGCCUCCAGUGGACCAAGUGUGUGGUCAAGUACCUGCUGGACGUCAACUCCUUUGCCGCUGUCAGCAUGCUCACUUUCCUUGUAGAGGUACUAGAGAAGGGUCCCCCCUCCCACCAGCCCGGCGUACUGCAGAUAUUGCACUGUAUGACCCACUAUGUGGACAUCAACUCCACACACAGCUCGGCACACAACUCGGUCCUCAACACCGAGGUCUUCCACACUGCCACCAAGUACAUUCAGAGUGUCCACUGGAAAGAGGCUCUGAAGAUCCUGAAGCUGGCAGUAACGAGGUCGUCCACCCUGGCCGCUGCCCCACCCUCCCUCAGCUUCUCUGUCAGCUCCGAGCUCAGCAUGUACUCCCACACCUCCUUUGCUGAGGCGGAGAUAUACACCAAGAUUCAUAAGGAGCUGCCAGGGCGCACUCUGGACUUCUCUGUUGACUUGUCAAAGACUCCCAUCAUCGGCAGGAAGUUUUUUGUCAAUGACCAAUCCUCAGCCGGCGGUGCUGCUGCUGCUGCUGGUGGUGGUGGUGGUGCUACGGCUGGUGCUGCUGGUGGCCCAAUACAAAGCAGCUCAGGUGUGUCGUUGUCAAGGAAACCAUCCAACAACCAGGACAUUGACUCUGUGUGGCGCAGACCCCAACUUCUCAGGCUCGAACUCCGAGAGCGCCUCGUCAACCUGCUCACCUGUUUUGGUCCACGUGUUGGCCUACUCAAGAGCCCAUCAGACACUGUAAUCAAUAAGGUCAUAUUCAGCCAAUCAAGUGACACGCUGGACCACCAGCAUAGUGUGGCAUCUAGUGGAGAGGAAGCCUCUUUGCCUGAAGCCCCCUCAACCAACAACGUGUUGGACGACAGUAGCGGCAAUGAGCUGAUGGUCACGUUCAAGGGAUUCGACUUCCUGGACAAUGAAUUGGAGGAGUCUGAGACCGAGGAUUUCUUCUCCCAAAUCGGUGAUAGGCGUCAUUCCCUGAACCUCCAAGACUCACCGACAACAGUACGUCCCCACUUCGGCAGUGUGCCAGAUCUGAAGCUGAUUGGUUCCCCAGCCUGACAGAGAUCACCAUCUUACCCAGUGAGAGUCUCAGUGUCAAGGAAACACUCUCCGAGGAUGAGUGUCAAGGAAACACUCUCCGAGGAUGAGGUGAGUCUCAGUGUCAAGGAAACACUCUCCGAGGAUGAGGUGAGUCUCAGUGUCAAGGAAACACUCUCUGAUGAGGUGAGUCUCAGUGUCAAGUCUCAGGAUGAGGUCAAAGGAAACACUCUCCGAGGGAUGAGUGUCAAGGAAACACUCUCCGAGGAUGAGGUGAGUCUCAGUGUCAAGGAAACACUCUCCGAGGAUGAGGUGAGUCUCAGUGUCAAGGAAACACUCUCCGAGGAUGAGGUGAGUCUCAGUGUCAAGGAAACACUCUCCGAGGAUGAGGUGAGUCUCAGUGUCAAGGAAACACUCUCCGAGGAUGAGGUGAGUCUCAGUGUCAAGGAAACACUCUCCGAGGAUGAGGUGAGUCUCAGUGUCAAGGAAACACUCUCCGAGGAUGAGUGUCAAGGAAACACUCUCGAGGAUGAGGUGAGUCUCAGUGUCAAGGAAACACUCUCCGAGGAUGAGGUGAGUCUCAGUGUCAAGGGAAACACUCUCGAGGAUGAGGUGAGUCUCAGUGUCAAGGAAACACUCUCCGAGGAUGAGGUGAGUCUCAGUGUCAAGGAAACACUCUCCGAGGAUGAGGUGAGUCUCAUCUCAGUGUCAAGGAAACACUCUCUCGAGGAUGAGUCGGAGAGUUCGGCGAUGGAUGACAAUGACGACAUCCCCCAGGACCUACCGGUUUCUGAGUCCAUCGUGGUGACCAACCCCAAGUUGGAGAGACGACGGAAGUCCAGCCCUCUCACAGCAUCCACGCGUAGUCUGUGCAGCAACCCAAGUGAGACGGACAUCGUGGAGUUGGCAUCAUCAGUGUCAUCACCGAGCUUCUCCCAGCUGCAGUCGCUGAGUUUCAACCUGCAAAGUGACGAGGUGGAGGAGGUGUGGAAGAACCAUGUUACCAAGGUGAUGGGGGAGGUGUCCCUGGCCCACACCUUCAACACCUUCCAGUUGUUCCCCAGGCUGUUCCGGGAGCUGCGGCGUCGGUUAAUGACAAUGACAAAGGAAGCAUGUUUCUACAUCUCCAAGACUGAGACUUUGAAGACUGUAGCCUCACAGAUCAUGACAGUGCUGGACAUGCUGUAUGUGCAGAUGGAAUGCCCCUUCAUAUUUGCUGAGUCCGACAGUCUGAUUGGCAGUCGAGUGUUGGAGCGCCACCGUUUCUGUAUGUUGGAGAUACAGGAAUGUUUUGAGACCUACUGCAUGAGAAAGGACCAAUCAGAACAGAGCCUUGAGGCCCUGAAGUCUUCCAUUAAGCAACAGUCUCUGGGAGACGGUGGAGGGACAGCUCUGUUGUGUGGGGAGGAGCAGAAGCUGAAUCUGUGCCGGAGGCUGUACAAGCUGGUGUUUGGGCUGGUGUUGCUGUUUGAGAGUUACCUGAAGCUUCUGGAGGUCUUUCACUCAGUCACCCAGUCCCCACAGGUGACAGAUAUGUCUCUACAAGCCACGUCCGUGAAGAGCUCCCUGUCUCACGCCAUGCAGGAGCUGGAGAACGGACAAGCAUCCCCAUUCAACGUGGACUGCAAGGUGGUCAGCAAACAGGAGGCAGUGUCCAGUCUGGCCGAGUACAUCCACAGUCAGCAGUACCCGAAGGCCAUCCAGCUACUGCGGUCAUUCAGAUCUAUCUGGCCUAAUGAUGUGUUUGGGAUGUCAUCUGAAGACGAUAUCCUCACGCUACUCAACAUCUUCUGCAGCUGUCUGGCAGAGAAGAAAAAUGGUAUUUUUGUUCUUACUCGAGUUGACCUUGACCUUAACCAGCUGUACGGUCAGUUGAUGGACAUCAACAUUAAACUGAAUCAGGAGUGGCCACAGCCAGCAUCCGCGUCCAACAGCCGCGCCGAGCAGGUCAUGAAACCACAAGACUCUAGUUCAUUGUGACUUCUGGGGUGUAACCUCUGUGAAGAGUCCACCGACCUGUGACUGUCAUGAUGUGACCACCGUGAUGUGACCACCGUGAAGUGACCACCGUGAUGUGACAAGCGACUGUGACCACUGUGAUGUGACCAUGGUGAAUUGAUGAUGUCACCAUGAUGUGACAACAUUGAUGUGACAUCAUGAUGUGACAACAUUGAUGAGACUACAAUGAUGUGACCACAUUGAUGAGACUACAAUGAUGUGACUGCUGUGAUUUGACCACGAUGAUGUGACCACAUUGAUAUGACUGCCCUAAUGUAACCACUGAGAACCCAUGUUCGGAGGUCCUCAUCCACAGACAGAUCACUGAGCAACACCAGCUGUCACUUCCAUCUUUGUAUCUGUCUCCUCAGUCCUUCAACUGAUGAGUGCUGAUGACGGUUGCCUAGCAAUAGGACCUGGAAGCUGUCCUGUCUUCAAGCUACAGGACUGUCACCUAGCAACCAGACAUCAAAUGACUUUCUUCUACUGAAUAACAAAUUCCACCCUAUUAAUUGUCGUUCAUGUACAUUCAGUGUUAUAUUUUACUCAAAAUGUGUUUUAUAUUCAAUAAAUGCUCAGCUUUGUUUUACAUGAUGUCCUAACAUGAUAUCUAACACUUGCUGCAAGUCACAGGCAAGAUGAUUGCCAGGCUCUUUGAUUUUUGUUGGUCUGGAUGAAGAUGAGAACUGUGACUAGUAAAUAACCAAAUUUCUAUGAAGGGAUUAAGAGUUCCAUAAAAAGAUAACCUGAAAAGUAAACCAUCCUUUGUAUGAAGCCUGCUUUCAUAGACCAGAAUGAGUUAAUUCAUUACAUGACCAAACUUUAGCCCUAGCAGACAACUGAGGGGAGUCUUGACAGACAACUGGAGAACCUUCACAAGUGUCUGAGUAUUAGAUGUGUCAUUGUGUUUUUGUGGAAUUAUGUUUACUAAAGGCCCAAUAUAGUUUUAUGCUGAUAAUGUAUGAUAUUGGUGUUAAGCUUUCUAAUAGAGGCAGUAGUAGUUCUUCCAUCCACUGCUCUCUAAAGGGGCAUUCAUUCAUCCACCCAUCCAUGUUGUGUUACUUGGCUUUACUGUUCCCAAUCCUUCAUACAAAAAGAUGAAAACUUUUAAUUGUGACAUGGCCCAUGGUAAUAUUGGUGAAACACCACUCACAACGACCAGAUAGACUCCUAACUGGGACAGUGAGCAGCUGAAGAGCUUCUCAUCAGUUUUUAACAGUUCCCCAACUGCUUUAGUGUGUUCCAAACUCAUAUUUUGGUGAUAGGAAAGGGAUAAUAAGUUUACUGGUUAACCUUUUUGGCCCUUGAAAUUUGGGUUUAAUGGAAAAGUCAAAACAUGUAUCAUUGAUUUGCAGACCCUUAUGUGAUGGCAUUAUCAUGUUUUGUGUAUUGUGUUUUGUUAUGUAAUACAUUGUACAGAGACAUGUCAUGAGAAGUGCUUCUGGAGGAAGGAUGAUGCAUAAAAAGAAAUAUGAAUCUCAUAUCUAUCUCAUAUAUCAUUAUGUCAUGAUUAUUAAUGGUUUUCUGCCAUGUGGUGUUUGCUUAUCACAUUUUACAUUCUCUGUAUGCUUCCAUAUAUUGUGGCUUUAAUUGCACAUUGUUUUGCUGAUUGUAUGUAUGUACAACAAUACUGUGCUUGUGGUUUGCUUGAUUCAGUGUUUAAGUGUUGCUGCGAUGUUUCCCAGCUUCCUGAGAGUGCCAAACAUCACUACUGUAGGGUAUACUUAGUAUUCAACAAAGACUUUAUCUUUGACAGAACCAGCAGUGGUUUUGCUGUUGUCACUGAUGCUUAGUGAUAUAUGUUUGAUGUGCUGAUGUCUGUGUAGUCAUACAACUCACAGGACACAGCACUACCGUCAGGUUCACACAGGUUCA